UACGUACGGUAUAGCCUUAAAAAUCGAUAUUCCGCGCUUUAGGCCAGUACUCGUUCACCCUUCAAUAGUGCCGUUUUAGUUAUCGCUAGAAAAUUGUAGUUUAGUAAACAAGGGAACAUGUUUUAAAUUAAAAUUAAAAUGGAAGGUAAUUCGAAGCGUUAUAUUAGGAGUGAGUCCGCAAGUUGUGCCCAUAUGGUCGAGGAAAACACUGCGAAUAACAGAAAGAGCGCUGAUCCUCAUGAGAAGCUGAAGGCUCUGUUGAACUCCCCGGAAUCGGAGGAUACGGAUGACACCCUGCCACCAUCUGAUGCUCCCAAGUUCGGUACCGUUAUUCACAAUAGAAUUUUCGUCGGUGGAUUUUCAUUGACCACGACAGAUGAGGAUUUGUGGAAAUUCUUUUCUGGAUUCGCGACGGUGACUGCUGCUCGAGUGAUCUACGACCGGGCAGGGGUUUCCAAAUGCUAUGGCUUCGUUACGUUUGCCAGUCCUCGGGUCGCGAGGCUGAUUGUCAAACAGAGCGGUGGUGUCAUGUUCUCUCCCCUUGGACGGCUAAGAGUAGCUCAGGCUGUAAGGAAACAGCUAACUCAACUGCCAGUGAUCAGCUCCGAGGCAACUCCGCUGCAGGCACCACUGCACUGCUACCAGUUGAUCUGCCCACCCUUGGCGACGUUGCCUGCGUGUGGUCCUUGUGAGAUUCCCCCACCAUAUGCAGUAUAUCCUCUGCCCUAUGAAAGGCACAAAUUUACAGCGGCACCAGCCAUCUAUGGUCCACCAGCUCAAUUCGCGUUACUCCCGGCGCCUGCACAGUACAGCGCGUGUUGCGAACCAGCAUGCUGUGCGCCACUCGACAAACAACCUCGCAUACCGCCGCCACCACUUCACCCGGCCUUCAUUUAUUAACUUGCCUCGAUUCAUGAUUAGUAUUAAGUUCUUUUAACAAUUAAAAUCCCGUGUCUCUAAAGCUUUUACGACUAAAUUAUUCUGCAGAUUCUGUACAACAAUCGCAUGAGGUGGAGAUAUUUUAGGUUUAUAUGAUAUAAUUUUAGUAAUCUUAAAAUUGUGUAUUCUGCAUAUACUGUAUUACUAAAUCCAUCUAGAAUCCUUGAUGUUAUUCAUGUAUCUUUUACAGUCAUUCCUUCGAGUCUUCCAAAUUUUAUAUGCUCAAAUUUGUUCGCUACAUUAUAGUUUUAAUUUGAGGUGUGAAAAUUUAUUUGGUUAAAAAAUUGGAUUUCAUAAUAUUGAUCUACUAAUAGAAACUUCUCUGCUAUAAAAGCACACCUUGGAUACAUGGAGUGUGUCAUGUUCAAAAGAUUAUAAGCUCGUUAAUUUUCUAAACGUUGGCCGGAAAUUCAAAUAAGCACCAAUAUUUGAUAGUGUGCACUGAUAAAUAAUAUUUACCGUUAACUGUGACGUAGUUUUGUAUUUUCUUUUAAUUUGGUAAGGUUAAGAUACUAGGAAUGGGAUGUGAUUCACGAAGUGUUCAAGAAAUAGAAUUACUAUGGAGUGUGUUUUUGACAAUUUUGUCUUUAUUGGAGUGUAAUGAAAUGUGUAUCACAUUUCAAAAUUGUUGUUAAGGUAUGUACAAAUUGCUUCAACCGCACAACCGAAAUUGAACUAAAACUAUGAUUGGAUUGACAUCAAAAUUGCAAACGUGUUUCAAUUAAUUAAUUAUCAAUUCAUACAAUCCAAUUGCAAUUUGUUUUCCAAUUGAGUCAGAUAAAUAUUAUUCUGUAGUAUUCGUAAUUUAAAAUGUUUAUGUUAUGUUCAUGAUUAAACUGUAACAUAAUAUAUAUUUAUUCGUUGCUAUAUAAAACUAUAUAUAUAAUUUGAAGAGACAUAUACUAAUAAAUGUACCAAUCUAAAAAUGAAGAUUUGCAAUUAAAGCACAAAUAAUAGCAGUUCUAGAAUUUUUCCUAAAAUUGUUGAUAGCUUGUUAUCCUUUUAAAGGAAUUUUAGUUAAUCCAUAGAAAAUCAUUUAUUUGUUGUCCUAAGAUAGUACAGAGAACCUAUUUUUAAUAAUUCAGUUUUAAUAAAAUGAUUAUCUGGGGUCCAAAGUGUGAUAACAUCAAAUGAAUUCAGAUUAAAUUCACACACGAUUACCACAAAUAGAUUUCUUGAAAAUAUUUUCGCGUUUCAUAUUUAGAUAACUAUGUUUUUUCAAAGGCGUACUAACUCCCUUAACAUUAAACACUUGUCGAAGAAAUCUGUCGUUAAUAUACAUAAAACAAAUAUUAAAUUAUUGCUUUAUCUAAAAUUAAUUACCUCAAAAGAAUAAAAAUAAAAUACGUAAAUUGUCAAAUUGGAUUCCUAAUAACAACGAUUCUAAUUUCUCUCAAUCAUCGAAGUAAGAGUAUUCUAUGAAUAUUAUUUUACGCUAGUAUUGUUUGUAAAAGGGCACCAAGUAUUUAUCUUAUCAUCCAAUAUUAUUAUAUAUAUACGUAUAUAUCAGUAUUUUUAGUUAAAAAAUGUUUACUUGAGUGGAUGCUAAGCUUCAAUAAGUGUAGUCUAACUAAAACGCUGUCAAUUUACUAUUUUGGACUUGUACUACUAUAAUAUUUAGCAUUUAAGUAUACUAGCACUAAUUACUUUAUUUCAAAGAAGUGCACUGGUUUAUUUUGACUAAUUAUUUAAGUGUUCUCGCCAUGUACGAUUUUAUUUAUAUCUUCAGCGUUAGAUACUUUAAAAUAUACUCUAUCGCUUGGAAUUUGCUUUAAAUAUAUGCCAAUGUGUUUGUCAGCCAUUGUUCCCUGUUCAAUAGCGUUGGUAGUUCUCCUUCUGACGGCAUAUAUUUAAAGCAUUAAUCUAUUUAAACUAUGUGGCCUAGAUAUUUACUGCCUGACAUAUCGGAUAAACUAGAAAGUACUACGCUAUAGUAUUUUAUUCGUUGUCUGUAUAUAAUCUUUCGCUAGAUGUCUAUAUUUAUAUAUUCGACGAAGUAAUUUAGACAAUAUUAAUGUAACCGAAUCUAGAUAUCUUAAUGUAAGUCACUUCAUUACUAUUAUAUUAAGCGCUUAGAUUAAUGUGAUGUCUAUUGUGGUUGUCAAAUUUAAACUUUUUAAACUAUUUCUACAAUAGAGCCUCUUGUUGUCGGUGUGAAUUUAAAUAUAUUUCGUAAAUGUCUAUUACCGUGUUGCUUGAUGUCGUAUUUCAACCUUUACAGAUAUCCUAUCAUAACUUUUUGACUCUUACAAUUGUACAAUUAUUCAGCUUUAUCAUACUUUGUUGCAUUCACUUUAAGAUUGUUAACGUUGUUAUAAUAUAGAUCUCAUAGGUACGUCAUCAAAUUUGAAUUAAAAUCGCCGUCCUGUGACGAACAUCUAUUUGGUCUGAGGCCCUUCGAGUCUUAAAUGUGACGUUUUUGGUGAGGAUUUAUGAUACCUUAAUAAAUAAUUAAACUUAAUAUAGUUCUUACUCAAAGAACCGGCAGCAAUAAAUGUUCACCAAAAACUGUUUUGUCUUAAGGCCCUGUUGUAGGUACUUUACACCGAUUCCAAUACAUGGAAUCGUAAAUCCGUCGAUAUUGAAGCGUAGAUAAUACAGGGACAAAGACAAUACAAUGACAAUGUGGUUGAAGUUGUGUUGAAGAGUACGGGAAGGAGAUUGUUCGUUACAUGUUCAAUUGUUUUGUUACUUUAGUCAACACAUUUCUUAUUUAUUGAAGUAACAUUUAUCGGUAUUUUUAUAAUUGCUGCAUGAGAUAGAAGUUAUCAAAGAUGUGUGUGAAUGUAUUUGUGAAAUUGUUUCUAACCUGCAACACAACGUUGUCCAAUAUCUCCUUACAUUCAAUCACUUUUGCUACUUGUGUUCUCUGAAUAAGGGAUUUAUCAUACAGUUGGUUUUAUACUGUCUUUGAAACAGUCUCACUAAAAUGGGCAGCUAAUGUCCUCAACAAUUUCAAGCUAGUAUGUGAUAAUUUCCCUGCAGGAUUAUCACGAGUAGCAAAUGGUUUGUUCACAUGGAAUGUAAAUGAGGUUAUAUUUAGAAAGCUUUAUAUUUGUUAAAGUUUGUCCCCUACAUCAGUAAGAGUUUUUAUAUACCUUUACAAAUUUGUAGUCAGAUGUUUGGUUAUGAUGGUUUUACCCUGUUAGACGCUAUAUCGCUAAUUACUUUUCCGUGGGGCGUGAACCGUUAUAGUAAGUUAUAUAUUUCCAGUUUACUACGAAAUUGUAAUGGAUAAAUACUUACUAUAGGGGUAGUCCUAUCGAUCUGUUCGUAGUGACAUGUCAUAGCUGUAUUGUAACUGUUGACUACUUGUAAGAAGUCUAUUUUAAAUGCUACGCGUCGGUAACUGAUAUACGACCAUUUAGUCUGAUGUUUUAAAAUGAUAAUAAAAUCAACUAAAAUUUAUGUGUGAAUCUAUUUAUCUGUAUUUGUAGAUCUAUAUACGUAAUAUUCAUAAAAAUCUAAAUGUUAGAUGCUGGUGAAAGUAUUCCACAAAAUAUUCUAAGAUUAUAUUAUUAGAUUUAAUUAGAGCUAUGAGAAUUAAAUAUUAGCAAUGCAUACAGUGAUCAUAAUCUGUCAUUACGCACAUAAUAAUUAUUAUACGAAUUAUGAUAAGAGAAAUAUUUUCUAAAACAUCAUCAUCGAAUGUAUGUAGGAUUGUUGAUAGUUAUAUAUAUGUCUAGCUAUUAUAUGUGAUAUUGUUAUUGGAUUAAUAGAUAUUUAAAAGGCUAAUAUUAAUUCUAUAUUCUCCUUGUUGACUUUUGUGUAUUAGAAUUUAAGACAUUCUAUCAUAAGAGGUCAAGACAAGUGGGAAUGAUACCGGUGGGUGAAUUAUUCGUUUUUUCAAACUGGCUUUUCUCUUCAUACAUUUACAAAUUGAUUAAAAAACAUAAUUAACAUCUGGGCACCAUACGUCAUGACUUACGGUAAAAAAUUAUUUGUUCAAAUUUAAAUAAAUUUUGAGUGCAUGAAUAAAUUUAAAUAUAUAAUUUAAUGAGAAGUUGCAUAAUUUUGAAAGAUCGAAUAUAUAUUUAUUGUGUGUAUAGGCCGUAUGAAAUUGAAUAAGCAUCAAAAGACAUUUAUAGAAUUAUUGUAGAUACAUGGAUUUGCUCAAAACUUUUGUUGUACCCUCCUAAUACUUUUUACCGACAUAAUAUUAUUUAUACGUAGUCCAGUACUUAUUAUACAUAUGCCAAAGUCAA